AUGCCUAUCUCAAUUCCCACCGCCUCCCUCGAAGGCAAAGUCGCCCUCGUCACCGGCGCCGGCCGUGGUAUCGGCCGUGGCGUUGCCCUCGAGCUCGCCCGCCGCGGCGCCUCCGUAAUCGUCAACUACGUAUCCUCCGCGGGUCCCGCCAACGAAGUCGUCAAGGAAAUCGAGUCCUACAACAACGGGGCGCGCGCCAAGGCCAUCCAAGCCGACGUCCGCAAAGUCUCUGAAAUCGACCGGCUCUUCGCCGAAGCCAAGCAGGCCUUUGGCCGCAUCGACAUCGUCAUGUCCAACUCGGGAACCGAGUCGUGGGACAAGACCGAGGAGAUCACCGAGGAGAAGUACGACUACGUGUUCGACCUCAACGCCAAGGCGCAGUUCUUCGUCGGGCAGGCGGCGUACAAGCACCUCGAGCAGAACGGGCGGGUCAUCCUCAUGACGAGCAUCGCUGCCGGCCUGAUGGGGGUCAAGAACCACGCGCUUUAUAAUGCCUCUAAAAUGGCGGUGCAGGGGUUUGUCAAGGCUUUUGCGACGGAUUUCGGUGAUAAGGGCAUCACGGUCAAUGGUGUUGCCCCGGGAGGCAUCAAGAGUGAUAUGUUUGCUGAGAACGCGUGGCAUUAUAUCCCUGGUGGAACCCCCGAUCUGGGCAAGGACAAGAUUGAGAGGAUGAUGGCUGAGCAUUGUCCCCUGGGAAGAUGCGCGGUGCCGGAGGAUGUGGCGAGGGUGGUGGCGUUCUUGGCCAGUGAGGAUGGGGGGUGGGUUAAUGGUCAAAUCAUUACCAUCUCUGGUGGUUCUUCCCAGUAG